AUUUUUUUUUUUAACUAUUUUUUUUUUUUUUUGAACUAUAGUGGCUCACAUGAAUUUGGUACUAUAACAAAUUCAUUUGAGCGUCAACUCGACUUAAAAUUCUGUAGUAGUAAGCUCACUUGAAGUCAUCAAUUGCAUUAGUUUUCUUUUUCUAUUUCCCUCUUUAAAAUUUUCCACAUCACAGUCCAAAGAGUGAAGAAAAUGGCAAAUACUGCGGCAUUUGGAGAAAUCGGUCUUGUUCCACUUCGUCAAUCAACUUUCAAUCCCUCACAUCGUCCCUUCUUCUCCUUAUCUUUCCAUAACACAGCCAUUUCUUCUUCACCUAAAUUAACUGCUGCUCUCUCUUUCACUCAAUCCCAAGGUUUUGGAUUUGCAAGCAAGGAACAAAAACGUACUGAUUUAGUUCAGACAUCAGCUGUUCGAGAGUUGAGGGGUUCUCUUCUAUCUGCACAGGGACAUCGCUUUGCUAUUGUGGUUUCACGUUUUAACGAUCUGAUCACCAAGAAGCUUUUGGAGGGUGCUUUGGACACUUUCAAGAGUUACUCUGUCAGAGAAGAAAACAUUGAUGUUGUAUGGGUUCCUGGUAGUUUUGAAAUUGGUGUUGUUGCACAGCAACUUGGCAAGUCGCAAAAAUAUCAAUCAAUAUUGUGUAUUGGUGCUGUGAUUAAAGGUGAUACCUCUCACUACGAUGCCGUGGUUAAUGCUACCACAUCUGGAGUACUUUCAGCAGGUUUAAAUUCAGGUACUCCUUGCAUAUUUGGUGUUCUGACAUGUGAUACCUUGGAACAGGCCUUCAAUCGUGCUGGUGGAAAGUCUGGGAAUAAAGGUGCCGAAGCAGCAUUGACAUCUAUUGAAAUGGCAUCUUUGUUCGAGCACCAUUUGAAGCCCUUAGAGUAGGCAAAGAUCCUUGUUUCCAGCAGCUGUAUCAUUUGCAAGAAAAUUGUUGUAAUUCGGAUAUUGUUCUUCUGUUGAACCAGAAUUCUCAAUUGAGAAUUGUUUGCAGGAAUGCCAUUCUUGGACAAAACUGUAAUCUUUCAAUUUUGUAUUUUUGAAUAAUAAUGCCUCUUUUUUUCGGGUUGCC